UUGGGGCUGGGGCUGCGGCUGCGGCUGCGGCUGUGGCUGUGGCUGCUGUGCGUGCGGAGUACAGACGGGAGAUUGCGUGGUGCGAAGCAUUUUCCGCCCUUGGGAGACACGCACACGCUUUCCCCCCCUCCCCCCACUCCAUACACUCGGUCUCCCUCUUUCCCACUUCAUCUUUAGCCCCCUUGCGCGCGCGCUCAAUCUCACACGCGCGCACACACCCUCGCAAACACACACACACACAUACACACUUACACACACGACCUUCUCCUAGCAAAGUUUCGCCUCUGAUCACUCCAGGAUCUUCCUUCAUUGCUCCGGACUAUAACCUUGAACUUUCUCAGCCUGGUGAAACAUCCCUCUCCCCACCCGUCUUUCUCCUUUUCUUAAACGCAGCUCACCACAAGCCACAAACAAAAACCAAACCAUUUUUCCCCCUCCCCGAUCCCUAACAAGGACAGCAAAAACAAAAAAGCAAAAAAGAAGCCCCUAAAUCCGGGCCGAGACCCAGCUUGCAGCAGCAAGUACUACAGGAGCAGUGGCGGCAGCAGCGGCGGCAGCAGCAGCAGCAGCAGCAACAGCAACAGCAACCACCAACACGGCUACUGCGCAGCGACAGCCAGAGGGUUAAAAGUGUAGAUUGGAUUUCACCCCGGGAAAUCUAGCACACGAAGUGAACUUGAAUCUUUGGCUAUUUAAGGAGGACUGGGUUUGUUGUUAAGUUGUGGUGAUCCAGGGCAGAGCCUCAUCCUGAUUGAUCUCAUCUUUGAGUCUCAGAUGACUGUAAAAUGAAUAGAUGAAGUUAUUGCUUCUGGAGGCUUUUCUUGGGGGAUCUCCGGAAAGUGCGUUUUAAGGCGAAGUCAUGAUGUAUUCGCCCAUCUGUCUCACUCAGGAUGAAUUUCACCCGUUCAUCGAGGCACUUCUUCCACAUGUCCGUGCAAUCGCCUAUACGUGGUUCAACCUGCAGGCUCGAAAACGCAAGUACUUUAAAAAACAUGAGAAGCGAAUGUCAAAGGAUGAGGAAAGAGCAGUCAAAGAUGAGCUUCUUAGUGAAAAGCCUGAAAUCAAACAGAAGUGGGCAUCCAGGCUCCUCGCCAAGCUGCGCAAAGACAUCCGCCAAGAGUACCGGGAGGAUUUCGUGCUCACCGUGACUGGGAAGAAGCACCCAUGCUGUGUAUUAUCCAAUCCCGACCAGAAGGGUAAGAUUAGGAGAAUCGACUGCCUGCGACAGGCUGACAAAGUCUGGCGUCUGGAUCUAGUCAUGGUGAUCCUGUUCAAAGGCAUCCCUUUGGAAAGUACGGAUGGAGAACGGCUCAUGAAAUCCCCACAUUGCACAAAUCCAGCACUUUGCGUCCAGCCACAUCAUAUAACAGUAUCAGUAAAAGAGCUUGAUUUGUUUUUGGCAUACUACGUGCAGGAGCAAGAUUCUGGACAAUCAGGAAGUCCAAGCCACAACGAUCCUGCCAAGAAUCCUCCAGGGUACCUUGAGGAUAGUUUUGUAAAAUCUGGAGUCUUCAAUGUGGCAGAACUUGUGAGGGUGUCCAGAACACCUAUAACCCAGGGAACUGGGGUAAACUUCCCAAUUGGAGAGAUCCCGAGCCAGCCAUACUACCAUGAUAUGAAUUCUGGUGUAAAUCUACAAAGGUCACUGUCUUCUCCACCAAGCAGCAAAAGACCCAAAACUAUAUCCAUAGAUGAAAAUAUGGAACCAAGUCCUACAGGAGACUUUUAUCCUUCUCCAAAUUCCCCAGCUGCUGCAAGUCGGACAUGGCAUGAAAGGGAUCAAGAUAUGUCUUCUCCUACUACUAUGAAGAAGCCUGAAAAGCCAUUGUUUAGCCCUACAUCUCCGCAGGACUCUUCACCCAGAUUGAGCACUUUUCCUCAGCACCACCAUCCCGGAAUCGCAGGAGUUGCACACAGUGUCAUCUCAACCAGAACGUCACCGUCACCAUUGCCAUUCCCAGCACAAGCUAUCCUUCCUCCGGCCCCAUCAAGCUACUUUUCUCAUCCAACAAUCAGAUACCCUCCUCACCUGAAUCCUCAGGAUACUCUGAAGAAUUAUGUACCUUCUUAUGACCCAUCUAGUCCACAGACAAGCCAGCCCAACAGCAGUGGUCAAGUAGUAGGGAAAGUGCCCGGCCAUUUCACUCCAGUUUUGGCACCCUCUCCCCAUCACAGUGCAGUGCGACCUGUGACCCUGACCAUGACAGAUACUAAACCCAUCACUACAUCCACUGAAGGUGAGGCAGCUUCACCUACAGCAACCACCUACACAGCCUCAGGCACAUCUCAAGCCAAUCGAUAUGUGGGACUAAGCCCAAGAGACCCAUCCUUCCUACACCAGCAACAGCUGAGGAUUUGUGACUGGACCAUGAAUCAAAACGGCAGGCAUUUAUACCCCAGUGCCAGUGAGGAUACAUUGGGAAUUACUUGGCAAAGUCCUGGUACCUGGGCUAGCUUGGUCCCUUUUCAAGUAUCAAACAGGACACCAAUCCUGCCAACAAAUGUCCAAAAUUAUGGUUUGAACAUAAUUGGAGAACCUUUCCUUCAAGCAGAAACAAGCAACUGAGGGAAAACCAAAAGAACAAAUCAACAACAACAACAACAACA